AAAAACAUGAUUAAAAAUGGUGCAAAAAACUCAAAUAAAAACAAUACGAUAACAACAACUAUAGUAUCUAAAGGCAAAGUCAACCAAACUAAUAUCUAAUUAUAAUAAAAUAUAAAAAGGACCGCAGGAAAUCAUAACAAAAAGCACACCAAACGAAAAACUCAAACACAACGAGACGAAAAAAAGCAAGGUAAAAAAUCCAUCAAGAUGAGUAAUGAGCAAACAACGCCCACUGAUGAUAAAGUUGCCAAACAGCAAGUUGUUGCCUACACGCAAAAAUCGCAAAUCAAACAUGAAAAUCGUCACAUACAAUUGGUGCGUGAGUAUGGCUUUCAUCCGAGAACGAAGGCGACUGUCGAGGACGGUGAUGUGUUGCCAAAGAAAUUCGAACCGUUUCCGGAGAAUAUGUAUGGCAAACCAUUGGAGGAAAUUGAUAAUUUCAUUUAUGAAGAGACAUUUUGUGUGGUGUCCAAGCGAUUUCGUAAGAAUUAUAUACACCGCUUCACCGGCACUAAAAGUCUCUUCCUUUUCCAUCCAUGGAGUACGGGACGUCGUGUUUGCGUCUACAUAGCAACGAAUCAAUUCUUCGACUACUGUGUCAUGGCCACUAUUUUGUUCAAUUGCAUUUUUUUAGCCAUGACCGAGACUGUGGAAGAAGCUGAGUACAUCUUCCUAGCCAUUUACUCCAUUGAAAUGGUGAUAAAAAUUGUUGCCAAAGGCUUCUUACUAAAUAAAUACACGUAUCUGCGGAAUCCAUGGAAUUGGCUAGAUUUUGUGGUGAUAACAAGUGGUUAUGCCACUAUAGGCAUGGAGGUUGGUAAUCUGGCUGGAUUACGUACGUUUCGCGUAUUGCGCGCUCUAAAGACUGUUUCAAUAAUGCCAGGACUAAAGACUAUCAUUAAUGCAUUACUCCACUCAUUUCGACAAUUAGCCGAAGUAAUGACGUUGACUAUUUUCUGCUUAAUGGUCUUUGCACUAUUUGCACUACAGGUGUAUAUGGGAGAACUGAGAAAUAAAUGUGUUAGAAAUCUUCCGGAUGAUUGGAUUAAUACUACUGAUCUAGAGUGGCGGAGUUGGAUUAAUGAAACAGACAACUGGCUUUACGACGACGAGGAACUGCCAAUGCUUUGUGGCAAUUUGACUGGUGCUCGCCACUGUCCCUCGGGCUACACUUGUCUCUGUGUAGGCGAAAAUCCAAAUCAUGGUUACACGAAUUUCGAUAAUUUCAUGUGGUCCAUGUUAACAACGUUUCAGUUGAUUACACUGGAUUAUUGGGAGAAUGUGUACAAUAUGGUCUUGGCCACAUCCGGUCCAAUGAGUGUUUCAUUUUUUACUGUGGUUGUGUUUUUUGGCUCAUUUUAUUUAAUUAAUCUAAUGUUAGCCGUAGUCGCACUAAGUUACGAGGAAGAAGCCGAAAUCACAAACGAAGAACGCAAGAAAGACUUAUUGGAUCAUCGAGAUGAUUCAACAUUUAGCUUCGACCCGUCCGUUUUAAAUGUUAAAAAAUUAAAUAAGAACAAUAAAAAGAAGAUUGAUUCGCGUAAGGGAGUGUUACUCGCUUCAUAUAGCAAGAAGAAGACUCGUCGAAAAAAACUAAAAGGUGCCAAAGAUAGUAUCAACAAUGCAAACGACAGCAACGGAAAUGGCCAAAAUAAAAGUAGAUCCGUUACACCAAGCCCCGGUCCAAGUCCACGUCAUAGCAAUGCCGAACGUCCUAAGGAAUUGCAACUGCAACUCAGCGGUAGCCAACAGCAGCAACUGCUACCACCAUCUAAUACACAACAACAACCAAAACAACAGCAAGAAAUGCAGGAGCUAGACAAAUUUCAAGAUAUUCCAACAGAAGCACUAAUACCGAAAGAUGCUCAAACUCUUCGUACACGUAUUGGGUUCCAAGAAGAUGGUAAUAAAAAUCCUAAUAUGUUAUAUCCAUCCGAUUAUAAGGGUCAACUGGUGCCCGGGAGUCGCCAGGCAAGUUCCAAUUCGAGUGGCGUUUAUCGUGAAUCAUCUCAAGACGAUUCCGGUGUAGUGGACGAUCAUGAAGAACAGGAUGCCGCCGCCGAAAUGGUGAAUGUGUCCACAGUAGAGCUGCCAAAUGAGUUAACCUCGGUAACGUUGGCUUUGUCGCCGCGAGAGGUGCGUCUCAUCAAAUGCAAUGGUAACAUUGCACGCAUUAAGAAGCAUAACAUUUAUGCGCUUCACCAGGAGUUUUCCUCCGAAAUUGUAGUGAUCGAUGAUCUUCCCGAUCGUAAUUGUGAUAAAUGCGUACAGUGUUGUGCCAAUUAUGAAGGUUGGCUACAGUUUCAAAACUGUCUAUACAAGGUGGUGCGCGAUCCACUUUUCGAAUUAGCCAUAACACUUUGCAUAGUACUAAACACGGCGUUUCUCGCUAUGGAACAUCAUGGCAUGAGUGAGAACUUUCGGAAUGCUUUAGACGUAGGAAAUAAAGUUUUCACGUCGAUAUUUACAUUUGAAUGCAUCAUUAAAUUAAUGGCUUUAUCCAAGGAUUUUUUUCUUUGUGGAUGGAAUAUAUUCGAUUUGAUAAUAGUGACUGCAAGUUUAUUAGAUAUCAUUUUUGAGUUGGUGGAUGGUCUUAGUGUAUUACGGGGCCUACGUUUGCUCCGUGUGUUAAAAUUAGCACAGUCCUGGACAACAAUGAAGGUCCUACUCAGCAUAAUUAUAUCGACAAUAGGUGCUUUGGGUAACCUUACCCUAAUUUUGGUUAUAGUGAUUUAUAUUUUUGCUGUGAUUGGCAUGCAAUUGUUUUCGAAGGAUUACACACCAGAAAAAUUCGAUCCGGACCCGGUGCCAAGGUGGAAUUUUAAUGAUUUUUUUCAUUCGUUUAUGAUGAUUUUUCGUAUAUUGUGUGGGGAGUGGAUUGAGCCGCUAUGGGAUUGUAUGCGUGCGGAGGAAGAGCAAGGUGCCUCCUCAUGCUUUGCAAUAUUUUUGCCAACUUUGGUUAUGGGUAAUUUUAUGGUGCUAAACUUGUUCUUGGCGUUGUUGCUCAACAGUUUCAAUUCGGAGGAAUUGAAGUCGAAAAAAGAGAUUUUCAAAAAAAAGGAGGUCGGUGAAGAGUCGAAAUUGGCGCGCAGCAUCGAACGCGUACGCGAUUUGAUACGCAAAAAGCGACAGGAGCGUAAGGAACGCAAGGAGCGUAAAUACGCUACGAAGUUCCAACAAAUCGUUAUAGAAGCUCAGCAAGCGGCGGCGCAGGUCAUCGAGAAACCGAGCUUAACGACAGAGACUAAAUUACAUAGGCUCAGCUAUCAGGAGUCCAUGAAUCGUCCGGUAUCUGGUUCGGAUUUUGGUUUUCAAAUACCCUUAAAGGAUACCUUACACACCAUCGUUGAUGGGGUGGAGUGUGAGCAUGAGCUUCCUGAAAAGCAACAUUUACAGCAACAGCACUUGCAAUCGCCCACACAAUUGCAACAGCAACAGCAGCAGCAACAGUUGCAUCAUAUGCAGUUGCAGCAGCAAGCGCCCUCUUUCGAUGGCAUCACAACAACAACUAGCUCUUGCCAAUUAGACAAUAAUAGUCGCAACGACUACAAUACGCUUUAUCCGCAAGCAGAGCGCCGUCUGUUGCAUCAAGUGUCUUCCGGUUUCGGCACCCAACACAACGAUUCACGCGACGAGCCCACAUACACCGAGUCCAUUGAAUUGCGUCUCAUGGGUCAAUAUAAUUCGACUGAUACUGAUCCAUAUGCGAAUGAUCAGCGUAGCGGUUCAUUUAUGCGUGGAGACUCGCUCCAAGAUACAUUGUCGCGUCGCUUUUGCAACGAUGAGCAUGACGAAGCUUAUUUGCAGUAUCAAAAGUCGCUGCUGACACGUUCUCCAAGCUAUCGCAAGUCCUUGGAUCGUCUGUCGCAGUCGAGCGAUCAGUCCCAACGCUCUCUCAUAGCGUCGCGUAGUUUAAAGUCCGAAGAUGAUUUGCACUUGAGCGCACGUCGACACUCGAGUGGUCAGUCGCUCAAUACGAUAUCCAUAGAGCAUGAGGAAUUACUCUCACAUCAUGGGAACCUGCGUGAUGACCUAUUGAAUUGCGAACACAAAGAGCUCUUCCAGUUUCUUCAAGAUGAUGCGGACAAUAGUAAUAAUUAUUUUAGCGAGACAGUUGGUUAUGGCUCAGCAAUUGUCGAUCCCGACACCGAUUCAUUGAUAGUUGAUGGGCGUAAGGAUGAACGGAAGCCAUCUACGAGCAGCAUUAAGUCGAAUUUAAGCUACAUAUCCAACUCGAUAAUGCAACAGAUAGAGCUCCGCCGUAAUGGUAGUCAUGCAUCCAGCAACGGUAAUGGGCAUGGCAAUGAGAGUCUACCAUUAGUUGAGCACUCCGAAUUCGAUAAUAUCAUUCAGAGUUUCGAGAAAGAGUUGGAAGAAAUCAAGCGAUCAACAACGUCUCUGGAGCGACGUUUGUCAACGCUCUCGGAACCUUCACCUGCAGCUGAUGAGGCAAAUAAAGCUAUUCUGGAUCAUAUUGCAGUCAUAACUGGCGCGUCUGCUCGUUCAGCCGCCGAUGAAGUUGUACACCCGCUGAAUCCGUAUGACAGUUAUGAUCUUUCUACUGUGCCACGACGCCAGCAUCCACUUCUCUCCAGCACCGAUCGCAAUUCGGUGAAGAUAAAACGACGAAGUCUUGAGAAGCAGCGUAAAAUUGACGAAGACUUUAGCAUAUCAAAUGAAAUACGCAAAAUCUGUGAUCAAAUUCAUGCCCCAUUCGUGACCAUCGAAUCAAUGGCUGUAGCAGCUACCGUUACAGCAGCCGCCAAAUCACCAUUUUCACGUCAUAAAAGCGAUCAGUUUGCGGCACAAUUCGACCGUUUCAAACGCCUGUCCCUCAUCGAAAGGGUCGAUGAAGUACCUGAAGAAGAGAAACCCAUAUCAACCCUUCGCAUGGAGUCGGAAAAAUUGCCACGCAAGUGCCUCACAACAGACGCCAUUCGACUUGAUAGCUUAUCGCUCAAGAGCACAAAUUCUUAUGAGAAUUUACUGAUACAAAAGCAACAAUUGAGUCGUCAACAUAGUAAUCCACGUGACACUGGCUCCAUACCACCAACGCCACCGACGUCGCUAAAAUCGAAGCUCGAACCGCCAACACUAGCACAAAUAUCCUCUAUCAAGACCACGCCGCCGCUAGCGGCACUCACUGAGCACCAACAACAUUAUCAUGCCUCGAAAAUACAUGACCCACCUCCAUCAUCACUACUACCACUACAACAACCACUUCUAUCGUCAGCAACAAAAAACACCAUUUCCACCUCUAUCUCCACUGCUACCACUUCCACCUCGACCAUCCGCCCAAAGGCUGCUGGCGAUGUGGUCUCUAUGCGCGCCAAACGUUUCGCCGAGCAUCCUCAAUCGACUCUAGACAAAGCCGCUUCCUUUCAAUCCACACGCACUGAGUCGCAUAGUUCAUGCGGUGGAGGUAUAGCCGAUACCAGUUCCGUACUGGCACUGGGGACACGAACAUCUGCGAGCGGUGCUAUGGUUACGGAGACAGCCGAACCAACACAACAGAAGUCAGCCUUCUCACGGCUAACCGAAAAACCAUGGCAUUGUCUGGUCUCCUACGUAGACGAUCUCACUGUUGGUGGGAGACGUAACUCGCAGGGAGCAUACAAUGAUCCCAUGACUUUUCCAAGUUUCGGACAAACGAAAACACCCAAAGUGCCAGACGAUUGCUUUCCGCAGAAGUGCUAUGAUCACUUCUAUUUCCGCUGUCCGUGGUUCAUGUCGUGUAUGGACACGAAGAGCGCCAGACAUUGGACAGGUAUAAGGACGGCUGUCUUGGCGGUUGUUGAUACUCCAGCCUUUGAGUGGUUUGUGCUAGUGCUCAUAUUCGCGUCGAGCAUUACCCUUUGCUUCGAGGACAUCUAUUUAGAUAGUAAUAAGACCUUGAAGCGUAUACUCUACUGGACAAAUUUCUCAUUUUGCCUCAUUUUUGUCAUUGAAAUGAUAUUGAAAUGGUUAGCCUUGGGAUUUUCCAAAUAUUUUACGAGCUUUUGGACGAUAUUGGACUUCAUUAUAGUCUUCGUCUCCGUGUUCUCAUUGCUUAUCGAAGAGAACGAAAACCUCAAAGUCUUGCGUUCGCUGCGAACACUGAGAGCUUUGCGUCCAUUGCGCGCCAUCUCACGGUGGCAAGGAAUGCGAAUUGUAGUAAAUGCUCUCAUGUAUGCAAUACCGUCAAUUUUUAAUGUACUUUUAGUUUGUUUAGUCUUUUGGUUGAUAUUUUCGAUAAUGGGUGUACAAUUUUUCGGUGGUAAAUUUUUUAAAUGCCUCGACGAUGACGGGGAAUUGCUGCCAGUGACGGAAGUGAACGACAAAGAUGAUUGCAUUAAACAAAAUUAUACAUGGAUCAAUUCCAAAAUUACUUUCGAUCAUGUAGGCAUGGGCUAUCUGGCGCUACUGCAAGUGGCCACCUUCGAGGGUUGGAUGGAAGUGAUGGCCGAUGCAGUGGAUGCACGUGGUGUCGAUCUGCAGCCACAACGAGAAGCCAAUCUCUAUGCCUAUAUUUACUUCGUCAUUUUCAUCGUAUGCGGCUCAUUUUUUACACUUAAUCUAUUUAUUGGAGUUAUUAUCGAUAAUUUCAAUAUGCUCAAGAAGAAGUAUGAAGGAGGAGUGUUGGAAAUGUUUCUCACCGAAUCUCAAAAACACUAUUACACCGCCAUGAAAAAGUUGGGACGAAAAAAACCACAGAAAGUCAUUAAGCGACCAAUAAAUCAUUUUUUAGCAAUGUUUUAUGAUUUAUCGAAUUCGAGAAGAUUCGAAAUAGCUAUAUUUGUAUUGAUUUUUUUAAAUAUGUUAACAAUGGGUAUCGAGCACUACAACCAACCGCAUUCCGUGUUUUUCAUACUCGAAGUAAGCAAUGCAUUUUUUACCACUGUCUUUGGGCUGGAGGCGAUCGUGAAGAUCAUCGGUCUGCGUUAUCAUUACUUUACUGUGCCAUGGAACGUUUUCGAUUUCCUACUUGUACUUGCCUCGAUUUUCGGCAUCCUCAUGGAGGAUAUCAUGAUCGAUUUGCCCAUCAGCCCAACCCUAUUGCGUGUGGUACGCGUCUUUCGCAUCGGUCGUAUACUGCGUCUUAUUAAAGCGGCCAAGGGUAUACGUAAACUAUUGUUCGCUUUAGUUGUCUCACUGCCGGCGCUAUUUAAUAUUGGCGCACUACUGGGACUGAUCACCUUCAUCUAUGCGAUAUUGGGCAUGUCACUGUUCGGCCAUGUUAAGCUGCAGGGCGCCUUAGAUGAUAUGGUGAACUUUCAGACAUUCGGACGCAGCAUGCAGCUGUUGUUUCGGCUUAUGACCUCCGCUGGUUGGAAUGAUGUGCUGGAAUCACUGAUGAUUCAACCACCUGAUUGCGAUCCCUUCUUCAAUAAACAAACAAACGGAGACUGCGGCCAUCCCCUAUUGGCCAUCACCUAUUUUACUAGUUUCAUUAUAAUCAGUUAUAUGAUUGUGAUUAACAUGUAUAUUGCAAUUAUUUUGGAGAAUUUCAAUCAAGCACAUCAAGAGGAAGAGAUCGGUAUUGUCGAAGAUGAUUUGGAAAUGUUCUAUAUCAGAUGGUCCAAAUACGACCCACACGCUACACAAUUCAUACACUUUGGUCAACUUUCGGAUUUCAUUGCCUCACUCGAUCCACCGCUUGGCAUUUCGAAGCCCAACACUGUAGCGUUGGUCUCAUUCAAUUUGCCGAUAUCGAGGGGUAAUAAAAUUCAUUGCCUUGAUAUUUUACACGCACUCGUCAAACAUGUGUUGGGUCAUGUGGAGGAAACUGAUAACUUCAAGCAGUUGCAAGAGCAAAUGGAUGUGAAAUUCAAGAAGCAAUUCCCUACACGCAAGGAAUUGGAAAUCGUUUCAUCUACACGUAUUUGGAAGCGGCAAGAGAAAGCUGCUAAGACAAUACAGAAUGCAUGGCGUGAAUAUCAGCGCAUGAAGAAAGAGAAAGAACGCUCAAAUUCAGGUGACAGCAUGACUCAGACAUCAAGUCCCGGCGGAUGGCAGUCUAAAUUGUCUGCGCUUAAUUUCUUCCACCUACAAGUCAGUCGUCGCGGCACACAAUGUUCCAGUCGUGCGUCGUCACGUAAAUCCUCACGUGCCUCUGAUGCUUCCGAUCUGAGCGAGUUGGCCGGCCCUUGGCUGAAUCUACCACUAAUGCUGGUAUCUGGCGCUGAUGAUGUGGUGAAGGACAUAAAGCAGCAAAGCGAGGAACUUGGAAAGCGUCCUAUUUCUAGAAUGUCCUCUUGUCUCUCCCUAACAUAUGAGUCAUUGCUCGCAGAAAUGGUCUCAAACGUUUUACGAAGGGGCUCACAUUCAAGCGAUUUAGAUUUAUUAGCAAAUGAUAAUGAUUGUGAAAGAGGCAUCUCACCAAUAACAACGGCAAUUUCCUCCACUACCAUUGCCACCGAUAGACAAACCCAACCUCAACUACAUCAGCAACAACAACUACCUACGCAAAUAGCGCCAACGCCAACGCGAAAACGUGCCACCAGUUUCAUACGUAAAAAGCCACCGCUAGAAAGAGCGGAUGGUUCAACACCGGAAGUGAUUGUAACGAAACCAUCGCCGGAGCAGCAAUCGGGUCCGAGCGGCUUAAGGCCUGAGAACUCGACAUUGGUGCAUGUGUUAGUGCAUCGUGAGAGUGAAGAGUAUAAGGAGGAGGAUGAUGAGGAGCAUGGCGGUGUGGGUGGUGGAACCUCGUCGACUGGAGGAAUAGGAAAAUGCAAGCCACCGCAAAUACAUAUUAGCCCGGGCUCGGAAGAUAUACGCUUUGACGAACUGCUACCAAUGCAACAGCCCAUUGUGCAAAUAAUGGUUGAUAGUCCCAAAGAGCCACCUCGUGGUGACUUUUCUGAUGAAUAUCUAGAACCUGGAGUAAAAGUUCAUGACUACCAGCCACCCAUCAUCGAAGCUUCAGCUCGUACAGAAGCUGACACUAGGCCAUCAUUUGAUGAAAUAACACCAGCUACACCGAUCGACUUAAAUGCACCCAUCGAUGUCAACAUACAGGGUGACACAUCUAGAGUGUUCUACGAUUACAACCCACUGGAAUGUAAUGAAAUUAUCGUGUUGGAGACAUUAACCGAAGGAUCACCGAAAUCGGAUGACUCGCCAAUACCACACGAUGUACUGCCUGCACCACCAACAGCAACGAUUUCAUCUUCACCUGCAACACCCAUAGCGGCAACACUUUGUGGCAUGCAUGAAAGUGGCGCUAGGGCCAGCGAUAGUGGCACAUCGGAUGACAGUGAUAAAGCAGUUAGAUGACCUUCACUACAAACAGCACCGGUGACAGAGAGCUCCAUCUCGUCAAGCACCAGUUGCUGUAGUUCAAGACCCGUGUCCACAUACAGUUCGACAUCAGCGGC